UGUUGAGCGUUCUACCAAAGCGACCAUGCUCGAUCACUCCCUCGCGAUCGGUCACAACUCUGUCUGUGUUUCCGCGUGAAAAAGGGCUUUUCCACCCUCACGAGCACGCAAGGGGGAGAGUGGCGCCAAAGUGCGCAGGAGUGCGAUUUAUCCUUGUUGUCUCUGCCAGUCAAAUAGCCGCGAGGAUCGCGCACAAUUGUGGUGGUGUUGGCUGUACAAGACAUUCUUCGAGGCAACUUUCUAUUCCAGUUGUGACUGUCACAAAAAUCUUUAUUGCACAAAAUCUGAGCGUGGAGAGAAAAGGCGCGCAACUGCUGAAUAAAUCACAUCGCGAAUGAUCGCUCAGAUGGUUCUCAGUGCUGCCAUUUGUGCCUCGACGCAUGUGAAAAUAAUAAACAAAUGACAUAAUCAAUUGGCGGGAUUCUCGAGACGCGGGCGCGCUUUAAAGUGAGAACGUGGAAUUUAUGGGAAUUGCUUGUGAGCGUUGCUGGGGCGCAAUAGAUGCACGAGAGUUUCGGAAUCUCGAGUGGCAACAAGUGGUGUUGACCCUAAAAUCCCACCAGGAUUACGGGAUAAGUGAGCGGUGUGUGUGCGUAUGAUGGGAUAAUGACAUCAUGAGAGGAUACCUGAUUGUGGGGCUCCUGGUGCUUCAUCUCUCAGCGUGCCUGGGCGUGCUGGAGCGCCCCCAGAAACCCGAGGGCGGGAAGCGCUCGGACAGGAUACGGAAGCAGCACCAGCAGCAGAUCACGGCGGAUUUGGCGCCAAAAGUGCAACAGGAUGACAAACAGCCAUCGGAGUUUGUCAAGGGCAAAAUUUGCAUCGGAACCAAUGGACGAAUGUCUGUGCCUUCGAAUCGCGACCAUCACUAUCGGAAUCUGCGCGAUCGCUUCACCAAUUGCACAUAUGUGGACGGGAAUCUGGAGCUGACAUGGCUGCAGGACACGAAGCUGGACUUGAGCUUCCUGCAGCACAUCCGCGAGGUCACGGGAUACGUUCUCAUCAGCCAUGUGGACAUCCAGCAGAUCGUGCUGCCCAGACUGCAGAUCAUUCGCGGUCGGACGCUGUUCAAGCUCAACAUCUCUGACCAGGAGUUCGGCCUGUUCGUGACGUACUCGCAGAUGCACACGCUGGAAAUGCCGGCGCUGCGCGACAUCCUGUCGGGCUCCGUGGGCAUCUUCAACAACUACAACCUCUGCCACAUGCGCACGAUCGAGUGGGAGGAGAUCAUCAGCGGCCAGAACGCCUCGAUGCACUACAUGUACAACUUCACGUCGCCGGAGCGCCAAUGCGCACCCUGCCAUCCCUCGUGCCAGGCGGGCUGCUGGGGCGAAGGCCCGCACAACUGCCAGCAGUUCAGCAAGACGACGUGCUCGCCGCAGUGCGCGCAGGGCCGCUGCUUCGGGCCGAAGCCGCGCGAGUGCUGCCACUUGUUCUGCGCCGGCGGCUGCACGGGUCCCACGCAGAAGGACUGCCUGGCGUGCAGGAACUUCUACGACGACGGCGUGUGCAAGCAGGAGUGUCCGCCCAUGCAGAAGUACAACCCCACGAACUACCUGUGGGAGCCCAAUCCAGAUGGCAAGUACGCCUACGGCGCCACAUGCGUGCGCAACUGCCCCGAACACCUGCUCAAGGACAACGGCGCGUGCGUGCGCACGUGUCCGCCCAACAAGAUGGCCAAGAACGGCGAGUGUGUGCCGUGCAACGGCGCCUGUCCCAAGACGUGUCCCGGCCAGGGAAUCGUGCACUCCGGCAAUAUCGACUCCUUCAGGGGCUGCACGGUGAUCGAGGGCUCGCUGGAGAUCCUGGAGCAGACGUUCAACGGGUAUCAGCACGUAUUCUCCAACUUCUCCUUCGGACCGCGCUUCAUCAGACUCCAUCCGGACAGACUGGAGGUGUUCUCCACGCUCAAGGAAGUCACGGGAUACAUCAACAUCCAGGCGGAUCACGAGCACUUCACGAAUCUCUCCUACUUCCGCAAUCUCGAAGUCAUUGGCGGACGACAGCUCAUGGAGAACUACUUCGCAUCGCUCUACAUAGUCAAGACUUCGCUGAAGUCUCUCGAACUGCAGUCACUGAAGAGAAUCAACUCAGGAGCGGUGGUGAUCCUGGAGAACAAAAAUCUCUGCUUCGCCGACGACAUUGAGUGGAACAAGAUAAAGAAGUCAGUGGAUCACGCGUUCGUCGUGAGUGCCAACAGGAAUAAGACUGAAUGUGAAAUCGAGGGUCAAGUCUGCUCGGAUCAGUGCACAAUGCUCGGCUGCUGGGGCGCCGGACCCAAUCAGUGCCUCGAGUGCCGAACCUACAAGUACAACGACACUUGCCUGGCCUCGUGCAAGAGUCUUCCAGGGAUCUACGAAGUCAAUCACACGACGUGCGGCACUUGCCAUGCCGAAUGCAAGAACUCCUGCCGCGGCGCCGGCGCGGACAAUUGCUCGGCGUGCGUGAAUGUGCGCGACGGCAACUUCUGCGUGGCCAAGUGUCCGGAGUCCAAGUACAACGCCGGCGGAGUGUGCAAGCCGUGUCACGACACCUGCAUCGGCUGCACGGGUCCCGAGAACACGAUCAACGCCAACGGCUGCAAGACUUGCCACAAGGCCAUCAUCAACGGAGACGCCACGAUUGAGCGCUGCUUAGGACGCAACGAUUCGUGCCCUGAGGGCUACUAUUCCGAGUGGGUGAUGUCGCAGGAGCAGGGCGCGCUGCGUCUGCUCGCCAACAAGCCGAUCUGCCGCCGCUGCCAUCCGCGCUGCAAGAAGUGCUCGGGCUACGGCUUCCACGAGCACGUGUGCCAGGAGUGUGCCGGCUACAAGCGCGGCGAGCAGUGCGAGGACGAGUGCCCGACGGACCACUUCGUGGACGAGGCCACGCGCGAGUGCUUCCCGUGCCACCUGGAGUGCCGCGGCUGCAACGGACCGACGGAGGCGCACUGCACGGACUGCCGCAACUACAAGCUCUUCGGCGGCGGCGACCCGGCCAACAACGCCAGCGCCUUCAACUGCACCGCCGCGUGUCCCAGCGACUAUCCCUACCAGAUGUUCGACUUCGGGCCGUACUGUUCGGCCAGCAACGUCUACCAGCUGUCGGAGGACGAGUUCGUGAAGAAGGUGCUCUCGUUCGUGGGCAUCGUUGUGCUGGCCAUCGUGGCGCUGAUCACGGUGACGAUCGUGUGGCGGUGCUGCCAGAAGCAGAAGGAGAAGGAGGAGACGAUGAAGAUGACGAUCAUGCUGACCGGCUGCGACGACAGCGAGCCGCUGCGGCCGUCCAACGUGGGCCCCAAUCUCGCCAAGCUGCGCAUCGUGAAGGAGGCGGAGCUGCAGAUUGGGCCGCUGCUGGGCAUGGGCGCCUUCGGGCGCGUGCACAAGAGCAUGUGGUAUCCGGAGAACGAGAACGUGAAGAUCCCCGUGGCCGUGAAGGUGAUGACGGACAUUUCGGGCUCGCAGGGCAGCAAGGAGUUCCUCGACGAGGCGUACAUCAUGGCGUCCGUGGAGCACCCGAACCUGCUGCGUCUGCUGGCCGUGUCCAUGGCGUCGGAGAUGAUGCUCGUGACGCAGCUGAUGGGCUACGGCUGUCUGCUGGACUUCGUGCGCAACCACAAGGGCAAGAUCACGUCCAAGGCGCUGCUCAACUGGUCCACGCAGAUUGCCAGAGGCAUGGCGUACCUGGAGGAGCGCAAUAUCGUGCAUCGAGACCUCGCGGCGCGCAACGUGCUCGUGCACUCGCCGGCGUGCGUGAAGAUCACUGACUUCGGCCUGGCGAAGCUGCUGGAAGUCGGCACGGAUGAGUACAAGGCGUCGGGCGGCAAGAUGCCCAUCAAGUGGCUGGCGCUGGAGUGCAUCCGGAACAGGGUGUUCACGAGCAAGAGCGACGUGUGGGCGUUCGGAGUCACGAUCUGGGAGCUGCUGACCUUCGGAGCGCGUCCUUACGAGGAGUACUCAGCCAAAGAGGUGCCUGACGCUAUCGAGGAGGGCUACCGACUGAAGCAGCCCGACCACUGCUCCCUGGACAUCUACGUGACGCUGCUGCAGUGCUGGGACGUGAACGCCGAGGCGCGUCCGCACUUCAAGGAUCUCGUGGAGAACUUCGCCAGCAAGGCGCAGGAUCCGGGGCGAUAUCUCAGCAUUGACGGCGACAAGUUCAUGCGCCUGCCGUCGUACACGAGCCAGGACGAGCGCAACUUCUUCCGCACGCUGGCGCCCGCUCUGGACGGCCCGGAGCCCAUCAUGGAGGCCGACGAGUACCUGCAGCCCAAGGCGCGGCCCUCGGUGCUCUUCCCCACGGUGGAGCCGGCCGAGGAGGCGCCGUCGACGCUGCGCUACUGCGGCAAGCCGCCCAAGGGCUCGUCCGGCGACGACGAGACGGACUCGCACACGCGCGAGGUGGGCGUGGGCAAUCUGCGCCUGGACCUGCCGCUGGACGAGGACGACUACCUGAUGCCCACGUGCCAGAGCGGCGCCGCGGCGGCGCCCGGCUACAUGGAUCUCAUCAACGUGCCGCCCAGCAGCGUGGACAAUCCCGAGUAUCUCAUGGGCGCCGCUGCGGCGGCGGCCGCCGGCACGCCGCCCGCCAGCGCGCCGGCGCCCACGCAGACCAUCGGCAUCCCCGUGGCGCCGGCCGAGGGCGAGGCCGCCUCGGACCACGAGUACUACAACGACCUGCAGCGCGAACUGCAGCCGCUGCACCGGAACGAGACGACAGUGUGAGCUGCAAUCUCAAGUGCCUUUCAACCCAAGUGCCUGCCUCGCAGCCCGCCGCGUGCGGCUGCACCCGGAAUGACAUUCUUAACUAGUACUUAAGGCCUUAAGAAACUACAAGUUAAUAAUUUAUUUCGUAGUCGAGAAGCAAUUCCGUCGCCCUGGCCGAAGGAUGUUCUGAACAAAGAAGCGCGCGCGCGCCGCACUCGCAGCCACGGGCGAACGCGUGAGAAUUUGCUCAAAAUUAUAUACAUAUUAUCGUUUAAGGUGGAAAAAAAAUGUCUUGCAACACAAAAAGGAAGGAAAAACGUUUAGUUCAAAUGUAUUUUAACUACUUCUAACAGUUUUAUUAAUGUUUUUUUUUAAUUAAAAGAAAAGAAAUCUAUUCUAUGCAAUGUGUAAGCAGCUAUUUUUACAAGACAGUUCAUUUUUUAAUACUUAGAGCCACUUACGUAGGAAAUCUGUCUGUGAUAUAAGUGUAAAGAGAAAAUUAUGAGUAAUUUAAUACUAUUUUUUGCCUCCCUGAUUUACUUGUAAAGCAUAUUGUAGUUUCGUAGAAAUGGUUCGAUAAUCUUACUACUUCUUACUUACAAGAACGCGUGAUCUUGUGCACGUCGAGCGAUCUCAUCGGCUAAGAUUGUGCACGGGAAGCAUUUAGGUGAAUGAAUGGAAUCAAACAUAUACUUUUUUUUUAAUCAAUGCAACGAAGAGAAAUUCAAACUCUCACAAUCAAUCAACCUUUUACUUGCCUUUUGUAUCACAAUAACACGAAAAAACGAGAAAAAAACCGAUCAUCCAUGGAAAAGAUAAACAUUGUUUUGUGAGACACUUCAGAUUUGUACAUAAUUCUUUCACAAUAGAUGACAAAAAAAAGUUGAUAUGCAAAAAAUGUGUUAUGAGAGAAUAAUACUGUGCCAUUUGACGAUGAUGAUUUUUUAAAUGAUAGAUUGUACAUUAUUUUACUUGUCUCUAAAAUGCGAACUGAAGAUGUGAGAAAAGAUUCUCAGCGAACGCUGAGAAGGAUAUCGUGAGCGAUGUUAGAGAAAAAUGGCACAUUUUUACUGAUUUAAACUUAUCUAAAUGGUGUAAAAAUAUAUAGUGAUAAUAAAUUAAAAAAAUAAAUGAA